UAAGAAGACCCAUAUAAGCACCCGUGUCGCAGGAACAAUUGGGUAUCUUGCACCUGAAUAUGCUAUGCGUGGACACCUUACAGAAAAGGCUGACGUCUUUGCAUUUGGUGUGGUGGCUCUGGAAGUCGUAAGUGGGAGGCCAAAUUCAGACUCAAGCCUGGAAGAAGAAAAGAUUUAUCUUCUCGAAUGGGCCUGGCACCUGCAUGAAAACAAUCGUGAAGCAGAACUAGUAGACUCUAGAUUAUCAGAAUUCAGUGAGGAGGAAGUAAAACGCUUAAUAGGAGUAGCUCUUUUGUGCACUCAAACUUCACCAAAUCUUCGGCCACCAAUGUCACGCGUAGUGGCUAUGCUAACUGGUGAUAUUGAAGUGAGCUCUGUAACUAACAGACCUGGAUAUUUGACUGACUGGAAAUUUGAUGACACAAGCAACUUCAUGGAUGAUAAUGGAGGCAGAGGAAUUGAUAACAGUUAUUACAGUUCAUCUACAAGUGCAAGCAUGGUGACCGACGCAGAGCAUACACAUAUAAGUGCCGCCAAACCCAUGCUUUCGGAGAUCAUUGGAGAGGGUAGAUAAAGAAACCUUCUUUUCUAUUUCCUU